AUGAGCCGAACUUGCAUUGAGACCAACGCCUUUCUAUUGGCAACUCGUCCGCUGGUGACCGACCGCCAUGAAGACUGCCUGGGCCGCCACAAGGGCGUCCUCGGCACUGGUAUGGGUGUGGUCAAUGAAAAGUGUCCAUCGACGAUGUCUGCCCCCAGGGACUCAAAGAUGCUUGCGACGUAG